UUCUCUCUGUUUUGGGGUUUUUCUGGGUGGAAAACAGCCCUUUUCUUUUAGUUUUGGGUUUUUUGGGGGGGGAAGAUGACCCUUUUCUUAUGGCUUUGGGGUUUUCUGGGAGGGAACUUCCCUUUUUUCUUUGUUUCGGAGUAUGUGCUGGGGGGAAGUGCCUUUUUCUCAUUGCUUAGGGGUUUUCUGGGGGGAAAACCUUCCAUUUCUCACACUUUGUUUUGGUAUUUGGGGGGGAAAAGUGCCCUUUUCUCUUUCUUUUGGGGCAUUUUGGGGGGGGAACAUCCCAUUUCUCAUUGUGUUUGGGCAGAGGAACGUGCUGCUGGCCUCCAACAAGGUCUCGUGCCCCGUGGUGGCAUUGUCCUUCUGCGACGACGUCCGCUUCGUCACCGUGGGGCAGCGCCACGUCCGCUUCUGGUUCCCGGAUUCUUCCCACGACACAAAGGUGACGGGGCCGGUGCCGCUGUCAGGGCGUGGGGGGCUGCUGGGGGGGCUGCAGGACAACGUGUUCUGUGGGGCGGCCGGAGGUCGGGGCCGGACGGCGGGGAGCACCUUCUGCAUCUCCACCACGGGACUGCUGUGCCGCUUUGAUGGGAAGAGGGUCCUGGAGAAGUGGGUGGACAUGAAGGUCCCGUCAGCCGCCUGCGUCUCCGCCAGCGAGGAGCUCAUUUUCUGCGGCUGCGCUAACGGGAUCGUGAAGGUCUUCCAGGCCCACGACCUCCGGUACCGCUGCGACCUGCCCUGCCCACACCCCCUCGGCGUGGACCUCCACCAGGACCCCAAGCCCCGACACCCCGACCUCGUGUAUCCCGACACCGUGGCGCUCGCCUACGAUCCCACACGGCGGUGGCUCUCCUGCAUCUAUCGGGAUCACAGCGUCUACGUGUGGGACGUGGGGGAUCUGCGGGCGGUGCGGAAGGUGUGGUCCGACCUCUUCCACAGCGCCUCCGUCUGGAGCAUCGAGGUGUACCCUGAAAGCGAGAAGCAGCGACCCCGCCUGCCCCACGGCUCCUUCCUCACCUGUUCCUCCGACACCACCAUCCGCAUCUGGAAUUUGGGGUCCGGCCCCGAACAUCCCGCUCUGGGCAAUCCCUACAGCACGUCCCUACAGAACAUCCUCUACGUGGACCCCCUCCCCACCCCACAUCUCCAGGACUUCUGGGACAGAGGCGAGAGCGCCGACCCCAAACCCGGAGUGCGGGUCCUGCGGGUCAGCCCCGACGGGGAGCACCUGGCGUCGGGGGAUCGCGCCGGGACCCUCCGGAUCCAUGAGCUGAGCUCCAUGCGGGAGGUGGCCAAGGUGGAGGCUCACGAUUCCGAAGUUCUGUCCUUGGAUUACUCCAAACCAGAAACAGGAGCGACCCUAUUGGCCUCAGCGGGACGGGACUGCCUGAUCCACGUCCUCAAUGUGUCCCAAAAUUAUCAGCUGGAGCGGACUCUGGAUGACCACUUGUCGGCUGUAGUGUCAGUCCGCUUUGCGGGGAGCAGAGAAGUGCAGCUCAUCAGUUGUGGGGUUGAUAAGAACAUUUAUUUCCGCACCGGUCAGCAGCUCCCGGAGGGGUUGACCUUCUCCCGGACACACCACGUCACUGAGAAGACCACCCUAUAUGACAUGGAUGUGGACACGGCACGGCAGAACGUGGCUGUGGCAUGCCAGGACCACAACAUCCGGGUGUAUGGGACUGGCAGCGGGAAGCAGCAGGGCUGCUAUAGGGGAUCGGCGGCCGACGACGGCGCUCUGCUGAAGGUGCACUGGGACCCCUCGGGAACGUUCAUGGCCACGAGCGGCUCCGACAAAUCCAUCUCCAUCAUCGAGUGCCGCUCGGGGCAGUGCGUCGCCCGGGUGUUCGGCCAUUCAGAGGCGGUCACGGCGCUGCGCUUCACCCCUGACUGCCGCCACCUCAUCACCGCCUCCAGGGACAGUUGUGUCUUCGUGUGGCGCCUGAGCCCCGACCUCAGCGGGCGGAUGCAGCAGCACCUCCAGCGCCGCGACGUCCCCCUCCCCACCCCGGCCCCACAGACCCCCAUCGGGGCGGACCCGGAGCCACCCCCCACCUUCGUCCUCACCAACGGGAGAAUGCCGCUGUGGGCGAAGCGAUUGCUGGGAGAAGAGGGCGGCACCGCCAGGCCCCGCAGCGUCGACCGCCCACGGGGGCGGUGGGCCGAGAGCGCCAGGGACGUCCCCGUGGUGGUCCUCCAGAUGGACCCCACCGCCCUCACCCCCUUCAGGGCAGAGCUGGAGGACGAGGGGGGGGUCGAGCUGCUGCCCCAGAACCUGGGGGAGAUCCUGCUGGAGAUGGAGACCUCCCCCAGCACCGAGGAUUUGGGGUGCUCCGAAAUCCUCUCGGACGAACCCGAAGAGGAUCCGGAUCCGCCGGCAGCCAUCGGGAACAGCGCGGAGCAGGGGAGCAGGAAUCCCAGAGUGCGGGCAGAGGAGCAGAGCAGCAUCCCAGCGCCAGGGCCGCGUCUCCAGCCCCACGAGGGGUUCGGGGGAAGCCUCGAGGAGACGAAGGCGCCCAAAGCUGAGGAUGAGGAGAGAGCCUUCGUCCUGAACCCGCGCCUCAGCAUCUCGGCGCGCUUCCUGGCCCGCUUCAUGAAGAACAGCAGGCUCAGGGCCGCGUUCCCGCCCCGUUCCCGUCUCCCGGUUUCGGUUCCGGAUCCGGUUCCGCGCGCUCUGCAGCCAUCGGCGGAUGAAACACUUCAGGAAGCGGGAGAGAAGCGUCGCCGUGGGGACAACCCCGCAGGUGACGCGGCGCCCUGAGGCCCCAGUGGGUGACACCCCACAGCUGCACAGCCCCACAAGCGCCGCGCUGGUGGUCACCAACACCGCGACCCUACAACCCAAAACCGUCACCCGGUUGUGGGUGGUGUUGGGCAACCUCAUGGAGAUGGGGUGGGAGAGGCUGGGGGGCUGCUAGCCCCCCCCCCCCCCCCAACAACCUGAACCCAUCAGCCACCCUCAGUCUGUCACCCCCGACUGUUUGUCACCCCAAGUUGUUUGUCACACCCAAAUCGCUGGUCGUGUCUUUUUGGGGGUCUGUGGGGACACUCUGGGGCCAGUCAGGGGGAUGGGGGGCAAAUAAAGGGGAUUUGGGAGUGCCCCUCGGGGCCGUUUGGGGGCAAAUUAAGUGGGAUUUGGGGCAAAAAAUGGGGGAACUGGGACUGCCACUGGGGCCAUGGGGAAAUUUUGGGGCUCCCUUUGGAGUCCAGGGGGAUAUUUGGGGCAAAUUAAGUGAGAUUUGGGGCAAAUAAGGGAGAUUUGGGACUGCCACUGGGGCCACGGGGACAUUUGGGGGGCAAAAAAGGGGGAUUUGGGGCAAGUAAGAAGGAUUUGGGGCACACGGGGCCGUAGUGGGGCCCAUAGGGAUGAUUUGGGGCAAAUCUUGGGGAAUUUGGGGCAAAUCAUGGGGAAUUUG